GCGGAGCCUGGCACUGCAGCGGGGCAGCCCCGCCGCCGCCUCCCCGCGGCAGGGCGGGCCGGAGGCAGCAGGGCCGCCACCUCCCCUCCCACGGCUCGCACCGCCCGCGGCGGCCCCGGCGCCGUUGCGGGGGGUAACGGCUGCCGAGCGGUCUGAGGAGGCGCUACGGGCUCUGGCGAUGUGGCGUGCGGAGCCGGGAAGGGCGCCGGGCUGCAGCCGGGAAACCGCCGCUACCGCCGCCCGCCUCCUGCUGCUGCUGAUGCUCGUCCUGCUGCCCGCAGUUCAACCCUCAAAGAGAUUUUUAAGAAGUGCAGGGCCAAAACACGACAACUUAAAAAUAGUGGGAUCUGUCGUAUUUCCAGUCAAAGUUUAUGUCAAGCUGAAUCACCACAGUCCACGUAUUUUAUGUCUGACAAAUCAUCUGCGAAACUUAGAACUGAUUGAUCCAAUAUUCCAGUGGACUGGACCAGGUGGUGGUCUUUCUUCAAAAAAUAGCAGUGUGCAAAUAUCACCAUCAGGAACUUUAAUAUUGAGACGCUUCAAUCAGAGUGGAGUUUACACUUGUUCCAUUGUUUAUAAACUAACAGCAAUGCAACCUGUUGAACACCUCAUAAUAAAAUACCUUAUUUAUGCUUAUUCUGAUCCUAAAAAUUACUAUGAGUUCACAGCCCGGUAUCACACAGCCCCCUGCAACAGUUCUGAGAACGCUCAUUUUGAGCAAGCAUUGCUUCAGAUACUAAGCAAACUUGUUGCUGAACUUUCCUGUGAGGUUACAUUAAUUAAGUCAGAAUGCCAUCAUGUAAAAAUGCAGAGAGGAGGUCUACAGAAUGAAAACUUCUUUACAUUUUCAGUUACUUCCUUAGACAGAGAAAACCACAGACUGUGUCAGCAAAGAGAUUGUGAUGCAUUUUAUAGACUAACCAAGGCAAAACACCUUAUAGAGAGAUUUUUUAAGCAACAAGUGGAAAUUAUCAGGAAAAGUUCUGAACUGUUGCUGCCUAAAAUAUACUACAUUGAAGGUACUCUGCAAAUGGUAUGGGUUGAUCGCUGCUACCCGGGGUAUGGAAUGAAUGCUCAAAUGCACCCAGAAUGUCCUGAGUGUUGUGUUGUAUGCAGCCCAGGAUCAUACAAUCCUAGUAAUGGAAAUCACUGUCUUCAGUGUGACAGAAGUUUGAUAUAUGGAGCAACAAAGUGCUAAUGGAUUUACACUCUUGCAAUAGCUUUUAUGUAUUUUAAUGUGGUAAUAUUAAUAAAUAUUUUUAAAAUA